GGGGUUGUGCUGAGGUGGCCGCCGCCAUGGAGUAAGCGGGCCGGGGUCGGCGCUGGUCAACCACGCCCCACUGUGGGGGCAGCACCCUUUCUUCAGGUGGAGGCAAGCUUUCUAGCAAACAGUUGUGACAAUGGAGUCUGUGCUAAACAAAUUGAAAAGCACUGUUACAAAAGUGACUGCAGAUGUCACUAGUGCAGUAAUGGGAAAUCCAGUUACCAGGGAAUUUGACGUUGGCCGACAUAUUGCUAGUGGUGGCAAUGGGCUUGCCUGGAAGAUUUUUAAUGGCACUAAAAAGUCAACAAAACAGGAGGUGGCAGUUUUUGUCUUUGAUAAAAAGCUAAUGGACAAAUAUCAGAAAUUUGAGAAAGAUCAAAUUAUUGAUUCCUUAAAAAGGGGAGUUCAGCAGCUAACAAGGCUUCGGCAUCCUCGACUGCUAACUGUGCAACAUCCAUUAGAAGAAUCUCGGGACUGUUUGGCAUUUUGUACAGAACCAGUUUGUUCGAGUUUAGCUAAUGUUCUUGGCAAUUGGGACAAUCUUCCUUCACCUGUACCCUCUGACAUCAAAGAAUACAAACUUUAUGAUGUGGAAACAAAAUAUGGCUUGCUUCAGGUUUCUGAAGGCUUGUCUUUUCUACAUAGCAGUGUAAAAAUGAUCCAUGGUAACCUUACUCCUGAAAAUAUAAUUUUGAAUAAAAGUGGAGUAUGGAAAAUUAUGGGGUUUGAUUUCUGUAUUCAGUCUAAGAAUCCAUCUGAGCAAGAGCCUAAAUUCUCUUGCAAAGAAUGGGACCCGAAUUUGCCAUCUUUGUGUCUUCCAAAUCCCCAGUAUUUGGCACCAGAAUACAUCCUUUCAGUGAGCUGCGAAACAGCCAGUGACAUGUACUCUCUGGGAGGAAUUACAUAUGCUGUGUUUAAUAAUGGAAAGCCUAUUUUUGAGGUCAACAAGCAAGAUAUAUAUAAAAGUUUCAGUAGACAGCUGGAUCAGCUUAGUCGCUUAGGUUCCAACACUCUGCAGAACAUCCCAGAAGAAGUCCGUGAGCACGUAAAGCUACUGUUAAAUGUAGCUCCGGCAGUCAGGCCAGAUGCAGAUCAAAUGACUAAGAUACCUUUCUUUGAUGAUGUUGGGGCAGUGACUCUGCAGUACUUUGAUUCUUUAUUCCAAAGGGAUAAUCUUCAAAAGUCACAGUUUUUUAAAGGGCUGCCAAAGGUUUUACCAAAAUUACCUAAGCGUGUUAUAGUUCAGAGGAUUUUGCCUUGCUUGACCUCUGAAUUUGUAAAUCCGGACAUGGUACCUUUUGUUUUGCCUAAUGUUUUGCUCAUUGCGGAGGAGUGUACCAAAGAAGAAUAUAUCAAGUUAAUUCUACCUGAUCUCAGUCCUGUUUUUAAACAGCAAGAACCAGUCCAGAUUCUAUUGAUAUUUCUUCAAAAAAUGGACUUGCUCCUAACCAAAACUCCUCCUGAUGAAAUAAAGAACAGUGUUCUGCCGAUGGUCUAUAGAGCCUUAGAAGCACCUUCAAUUCAGAUACAGGAACUGUGCUUAAACAUAAUUCCUACAUUUGCUAACCUUAUAGACUACCCAUCAAUGAAAAAUGCACUGAUACCAAGAAUUAAAAGUGCAUGCUUACAAACAUCAUCUCUUGCGGUUCGUGUAAAUUCCUUAGUCUGCUUGGGAAAGAUUUUGGAAUACUUGGAUAAGUGGUUCGUACUUGAUGACAUUCUGCCCUUUUUGCAACAAAUUCCUUCCAAGGAGCCUGCAGUCCUUAUGGGAAUCCUUGGUAUUUAUAAAUGUACAUUUAGUCAUAAAAAGCUGGGAAUUACAAAAGAGCAACUUGCAGGAAAGGUGCUGCCACAUCUGAUUCCUCUUAGCAUUGAGAACAAUCUUAAUCUCAAUCAGUUUAAUUCCUUCAUUUCAGUCAUAAAAGAGAUGCUAAAUAGAUUGGAAACUGAGCAUAAGACCAAACUUGAACAAAUCCAUAUUAUGCAAGAGCAGCAAAAAUCUUUGGAUAUAACAAACCAAAUGAACAUACCUGAAGAAACAAAAGCUAAUAAUACAGGCAAUCAGAUUGACAAGGUGUUUACCAAUCUACAGACAGAUAUCUUAACUGCUGGAUCUGAUUGUAAAGAAAAUGGACUGUUGAAAAAUCAGAGAAAGGGUUCGCUUACACUUGAAGAAAAGCAAAAAUUAGCAAAAGAACAAGAACAAGCACAAAAACUCAAAAGCCAACAACCACUUAAACCUCAGCCUCACACAGUUGCUGCUCCAGUCAAACAGACCAAGGAUUUGACCGGUACUUUGAUAGAUAACAUGGCAUCAUUGGCCAGCCAGUCUCACAAUAGACCUAAAGUUCCUUCUUCAAGUAGUUUUUCUUCAGUUCCAUCUAUGGGUAUUGGAGCAGGGUUUUCAUCACCUGUUGAGAGCACUAAGAGAAAUGGACUAAAUGCUAAUGUGGGAUUUCAGCCUUCAGGAUUCAGCAUGGGGGUUGGCACUACAAGCCAGAAUUUCUUCAGCAGUGCUGUAAUCACCAAUAUGAAUAUGUUGCCUACAGGCAACAUGCCAACUUACAGCACUAUGAGCACUACAGCUGCAGUUUCACAGCCAGCACAGCAAAACAGGGCACCAGAUAUGUCUGCUUUAGAUAGCUUGUUUGGUCCUCAGAAACCCAAAAUCAGUAUGAAUCAGUUAUCACAACAAAAAACAAACCAGUGGCUUAAUCAAUUUGUACCUCCUCAGGGUGCCAGCAGUUCUCUUCCAGGGACGCAAAUGAAUGUAACGGGACAGCCUGGAUUUGGUUUACAGGGAAAUCCUUUCUUUAAUCCUCAGAACUUUACGCAGCCAACAAACAACAUGACAAGCAGCAGCUCAGCAAGUAAUGACUUAAAAGACCUCUUUGGAUAAUAGUUGUUAUCAUGGGCAAGUUGAUGGUGUAGAGGCAUCUCUUUAUGUCUGGUAAAAGCUGGGUUGAGAACUUCCGUCUAGCAAAAUGGACAAGAGAAAAGCUGUUUCCAGAAAGAGCUAGUAAUACACUUUAUUUUCUUAGGCACCAAGAAGUUCCUAUCCCCUUCUACAGUUUUGAGGUCAGUUUUAUCAAUCCAGGUACCCAGAGUUGUAAACAUUAGAAACUGCGCAUCUUGCCACUUCAGGAAUUUUUUCUUCUAGCCACUGUGUAAUCCUACAAAUAAACAUCUUACAAAUACAAGAAAAAAAUUGUAUUUACUUUUGGUCCACCAAAUGCACUACAUGUAUGCCCUGGUCUCUUGUUGAUCUUGUAAUGUUUGAAUUAGGUAUGGAUUUAAAAUGAGUUAUAAAUACAUUUUGGUAAUGGGUUGUAAUUGGAUGCAUGUAUUACUAUGCAGCUUCUUUAAAUGUACACAGCUAAAUUUUUGAGAAGUACAGAGUUAUUUACCCCCUUGUAAAUCAAUACCAUGAGUAGUGCUCUCCUUAAUAAAGUACAUCAAAAGAGAGAGAGAUCCUUCUAACAGAGGUGCUCUUUGUUACAAAACAAAUAUUGCCGGAUGAUCAUUCAGCAUAACUUUCCUACUGGUAACCUAUGCUGAAGUAUCAGCUCCUACAGUGGAAGCCAUGUGGUUGGCAUGGUGACCUUAAAAUCUUGCCUAAAUAUGCAUGGUAGCUUAAUCAUGCUUAUAUUUAUAUUUGAAAUCUGGAUAUUGAAAUAAUACCAGUGCAAAUUAAUUAACAAAAAUCUGUUUCAAAUCGUCCUACAAAUUCCAUUUUGUUAGAAUUUAGAAAUUACUUUCAUUAUGUUUAAAAUGUUGGCAUAACUGUAUGGAAAGAAUUUGGAUAGUUUCUUUAUUCUCCUGGCUACUUCUGAGACAAAAGUCGAAGCUUGACAAACCUUAAGUGAAGCAUAUUUGUUAUAGAUUCAGAUUAAAGUGAGCUCUGUUUCUUUAGAUUAAAUGGAUACAUUACAAAGAAAGUGAUGAAGCCAGUCUUCUGUGAAAAGGUUAUUGCAUUUAGACCAAACUGUCGUUCUUUAUGUAGUUUCAGAAUCAUCUGGAAGACUGAUACAAACUUUUGUAAUACCAAGUUUGGAGUAAAUAGCUCUUGUUGUAUAUUUUGACAUACCGGUCCAGAUCCAAAAGUUUCCCCAAUCUAGAUGCAGCAGUAAAUCCUGCUGAUUAGGUAGGAAAGGGUAUUUCACUUCCCCAAGACCAGAAUCUCUGUCCCAUUGCUUAUUUCUACUGGGCUUUAACUAUUUCUUUCCUAGGAAUUUUGGGACCUUUGUUACAUAUAGCUGGCUAUUUUGAGAAGGAAAGAAUUAGUUAUCUUUUUUAUAGAAAGCCUAUACACUUUAUUUUUCAAAGCCUUUCACUGAAUAAAUUAUUUCCAU